AGAUCCGGCGACGGGGGGCGCGCGCACGACCUGAGCCAAGAGGGCAAGCGGCACCAAGCCAAGCAGGACCAGCUGGACGACCAGGCGGCCGAGUGGAUUUUCCGGGAAAACAACAAAGACCAGCCGCGCGGCACGAUCGACCUGCACGGCCUGUACGUCCGCGAAGCGCUGGAGCAGGUCGAGAAGGCCAUAUCCGGCGGGCAGCGCGCGGGGCUCGACGAGCUGCGCAUCAUCACGGGCAAGGGGAACCACUCUGUGAACCGGCAGGCCAAGAUCAAGCCUGCUGUCGCCGAGAUGAUGGACAAAUACAACCUCUCUGCCGAGAUCGACCCGCAUAAUUCGGGCGUGCUGGUUGUCGACCUGCAGGGGCGGCAGAUGGGGGGGCGCACGCGCGACGCCGGCGGCCUCGUGGACCGCAUGGGCGGGGACAAGGACGACUGUGUGAUUAUGUAG